CUGACGCUGGUAGUCGCUCAGAUGCAUAGCUCACAUGACGCUGGUGUUUCCUGCUGCGGUUUCCAGAACUAAACAAAUCUGACCUAGUGCGUUUAUCAGAUGUAGAUUUGGCACAGCAGCUUGGAACACAUCGUAUACGACAGCACUGUAACGACAGUUAUCUGAAGAGUCCGUUUGAAGACGCAUAUUGCACAGUCUAGCAUCAUCUGUUUUUGUAUCGAGUGUGUUUAUGAUUUAACGUUACUUUGGAAACAUGAGCCCCAUCAUCCGCAAACAAAACACUCCCAGCGGGGCGAUUUUUAGCCUGCUGUUAGCUCUCAGUAUACAUCAGACUUUGACCGCUGAUGUGACACCCACUGUGGUCACCCCUGAAACCAACUCUCCUCCGGCUUCUCCUGCCACCCCAGGACCCCCUGAAAAAGGCACUUACAAUGUCACCAAUGCAACUGACGUGGUCUGUCUCUUGGCACGGAUGGGACUGCAGCUCAAAAUUAACUUUAUUUCGAGCUCUAGUGGCAAGACUGUCCAGGAGGUCUUGAACCUGCAUCCAAGCCUGGUUAAAUCCUCUGGAUCCUGCGAUCCAGACAGUGCGACUCUCAUACUCACUGAAGACAACAUCACUCUAACUUUCAGCUUCUCUUUGAAUUCCACAUCAGACAAAUAUCAUCUUAGUGGGUUGGAGUUGUCAGCCGCAUUGCCUAAUAUGACUAAGCGCACUGUCUUCAGGAACACCACUCUGAACUACAUGGUGGGAACUCUGGGCCACUCUUAUAUGUGUCAGAAGGAGAAGAGCUUGAGCGUUACACAGGAUUUCUCUCUCAACACCUUCCAGCUUCAAGUGCAGCCUUUCGGAGUCAAUGGAGAUUUUGGAGCCGCUGAGGAGUGUGAUCUAGAUGAGGACGACAUGUUGAUUCCCAUUAUUGUGGGUGCUGCCUUGGCUGUUCUUGUGCUCAUAGUGAUCCUGGCCUACCUUAUUGGCAGGAACAGAAGUCAUGCGGGCUACCAGACCAUCUAACCUCAAGUAAUCUUUAAGCCAGGAUGUGUAGGCUCCACCGAUUUCUGCUCUCAUCUGGACUCAGCAACACUAUACAACUGCAGCUGCCUAGUUUUUAACCCACUGUGCACUAUCCAGGUGUCUCACCCUCUCACCGUGGACCGGUGGACCUGCACUUCCUGGACUUCCUGGGUUUUUGUUGUAUUAUGUUAAACAUUGUAUAAUUAUUGCAUACUUAAGUGUGCAGGGCAAAAUGCGAAGGUAUUGUUUGCUGGAACCAGAUUAUGCUUAUCUAGAGGAAUGCCUGGAGUUUGUUGUCAUUAAGGCUUAAUCUGGGAACAGAAAGCAUAUUAUCUGUUUGGUACCUCAUUUUCUUAAAUUUAACCUCAUGUGUUUAUUUAUAAAAAAAAUACAAGCAUGGAAACUGAUAAUGUUGUUACAGUUACAUGCUCUGUCUAAAAGGGACUAGAUAUUUAACAAUACUUCCUGAUCUCAAACUACUGUCUGUGAUUUCUGAAGUUCUCAUUUGGGGUUGAACACUAUACAAGACUCAGCUUUUGACAUUCAUUAUUCAUUAUGAAUUCAAUAAUAAUACUAACAAAGCCUUACCUGACAGUAUUCACCUGACAAAUGGAAUAUCCACUUUCUAAAGUAGAACACCCUUCAAUAUCACUAUAUAGCUUAUAUAGUUUCCCUCUCGUACUACAUAUCAAAACUAUAUACCCUGCUUGCUUCCAUUAAGCAUUGCAUUUGCACUCAUUCAGAAAUGUUAAAAGGGAAAUUCUAGAGUGAGGAAAUAUUAUGGUUUUGCACUACUGGAUGGAUAAAGAGUAUAAUUCACACUAACACAACAGGAAGUUCUGAAUAACUUGAGCUAGGUUUAGACUAUUAUAUAUCCAGGUAAAUGGUUAACUGUUACAAAAACAAGGAGUGCACUGUUAAACAUGCUGUCAUAUUGUGGAUGAAUCUUUCUCCUUUCUGAUGCACCUUCAUAUGCAAUGACUGCAUAAAUUGAGUUUUUUUUUUUUUGGAUAUUGAAGUGUUGCCUUGACUGCUAGGAUGUUCAUGUUGUUUUAAGGGAAUGCGAUUCUACGUUUUUUUAAAUAAAAUGAGUUUGCUUGUUAUA